AUGGUGCAUUUGGAGGAUAAGGAACAAUACAUUUUUUACGAAUAUAGAGAUUCCUCAAACAAAACUAUUCCAAGUGAAGAAAGUUCAAAGGAUGAGCAAAGGAGAAAGCUUGCUGUGGCAAUUUCAGUUAGCUUUUUCUCGGUUCUUAUGAUUGUUUUAACUUUCUAUUGGAGGAAAAAAAAGCUUAGAGGAAAUAUACCACAAGAAAAAGGAGAUGAUGAAGCCCAUGAAGAAAAACUUGAGCUUCCAUUAUUCGAUUUUACCACAAUAGUUCAUGCCACUAAUAACUUCUCAAGUGACAAGAGGCUUGGCCAAGGUGGUUUUGGGCACGUGUACAUGAUACAGGGUACAUUAAUUGAUGGGCAAGAGGUUGCUGUCAAAAGAUUGGCGCAUAAGUCUGGACAAGGAGUAAGAGAAUUUAAGAAUGAAGUUAUAUUAUGUGCCAAACUUCAACACCGCAAUCUUGUUAAGGUUCUUGGUUGUUGCAUCCAAGGAGAAGAAAGAAUAUUAAUCUAUGAGUAUAUGCCCAAUAAAAGUUUAGAUUCCUUUCUUUUUGGUAUGUUCUAUUCUUCUCGAGAACUUCUUGAUUGGAUGAAACGAUUUAACAUCAUAUUUGGAAUUGCUCGUGGACUUCUUUAUCUUCACCAAGAUUCAAGAUUGAGAAUUAUACAUAGAGAUCUUAAAACAAGUAAUAUUUUAUUAGACAAUGAGUUGAAUCCAAAAAUUUCAGAUUUUGGAGUGGCACGAAUGUUUACUGAAAAUCAAAUGGAAGCAAAUACAAAAAUAGUUGCAGGAACAUAUGGCUAUAUGGCACCAGAAUAUGCAAUAGAAGGGAUAUUUUCUACCAAAUCUGAUGUUUUUAGCUUUGGAAUAAUAUUAUUAGAGAUAGUAAGUGGACGGAAAAAUACAGGAAUUUUUUAUCCUAAUCAAGGAUUCAAUCUUCUAGGACAUGCAUGGAGAUUAUGGAAAGAAGAAAACCCAAUGAAACUAGUAGAUGCUUGUUUGGAAGACACUUUUACAAUUUCAGAGGUUCUACGUUGCAUACACAUUGGUCUUUUAUGUGUGCAAUUGCAUCCUGAGGAUAGGCCAAACAUGGCAUCGGUGAUUUUGAUGCUUACCAAUGAGAACACUUUGCCUCAACCAAAAGAACCUGGUUUCCUUAUAGAAAGGACGCCAAUAAUUGAAGAACAAAGUUCAUCUAAAAAUAUGACUAAUUCUUCAACUAAUGAAGUAACUGUGACAUUGUUAGAUGCCAGAUAAAAUUGUUUUUUCCCCAAGUCUGUCUUAGUUAGAAUAUAAAAAAUUUAUGUAAAUCACACACUCCACCUCCUCCCCUUCCCUAAAGCUUUCAAAAACCAAGUAUAUUUCUAGUUGAUUAGUUUAUCACAACUUGUUAUUGUUAAGGGUAUAACUAUUAUGGCCAAAUGAGUAAUAGCUCAAAUGGCAUAGUCUCCCCAUAUUCAAUUAAGAAGUUGCG